AUGGUUGUGAAAAACUUUUCUAAUGGUGCCAAAUAUGAAGGAGAUUGGGAAGAUGGCAAGAAAAAUGGCGAAGGAACUUUAUAUUAUGCAGAUGGAGGUAAAUAUGAAGGUGAAUGGACUAAUGAUUUACGAAAUGGUUAUGGAGUUAAUCAAUGGGCUAAUGGUGAUCGAUAUGAAGGAAACUGGAAAAAUAAUAAGAAACAUGGUCAAGGAAAGUUAUUUUAUGCUAAUGGAGGUAAAUAUAUCGGUGAAUGGGAAGAUGAUAUGAGAGAUGGUGAAGGAAAAAAUACAUGGUCGAAUGGUAGUCGAUAUGAAGGAUCUUGGGCACAAAAUCAACAACAUGGUCAAGGAACAUUUACUUAUGCAGAUGGAGGAAAAUACGUCGGUGAAUGGGCAAGCAAUAUGAGAGAUGGAUACGGAGUAAAUACUUGGUCAAAUGGCGAUCGAUAUGAAGGAUUAUGGAAAUACAAUAGAAAAAAUGGACCAGGAACUUUUUAUCAUGCUGAUGGAACGAAAGAGGUUGGUGUUUGGACAGAUGAUAGCAUAGAUAAUCAGUCGAAUGACGUUAAAGAAAAGAAAACUAAGAAAGCUCUUUCAAAGAAUGGGAUACAAUUUAAAGGUUUUUGGCUAAAUGGUCAACCUUUUGUGGUUGUAUUAAUGCCUAAAUCAUCUGAUUGUCCUUAUCUGACACUUGCACAUGAAUUUAUUGUUUCAUUAAAGUGGAACAAAUCAUUUUUUGAUCGUGAUCAUGAUCAUUGCUAUUGCAGUCAUUGUUAUAAGCAUUCAUGGCAUGAUGUUAUCGAGGCUGGCGAAGGUAAAUAUGUUAUUCCUCGUGGAUGGGUACGAUUGGGUCUUCAUAUUGAUCCAGUUCUCUUGAAAACUCAAGAUGUUUGGAAUAAAUGGAUAGUAACAUUUCAUGGAACAACAAAAAUUGCUGCACAAUCAAUUCUUACGCAUCGACAAUUUUGUCUUCCGGGCGAUACAUUAAUUGAUGGUACUAAAUUGGGUAUUCGUCCUGGACAUAUUCCUAAUCAAAACUUUAUUUAUACGUCACCAACUAUAGCUUAUUCAAGUGGUUUAGCAUAUAGUCCAGUAUAUGAUUUUCAUUCAACAGAAAAUGAUGCUGAUUAUCUAGCUCAAAUCGUUCUUCAAUGUCGACAAAUGCCUGAUAGUUUUCAAAUCGGACCAGAAACAAUUGGAGCUGGCAAAAACGAAAUUUGUCCACAUAUUCCGAAUUCCAAAAUUGAAUAUUUUACAGACAGAAGAGCAACACUUCAUGCUUAUGGAUUACUCGUGAGAUUUCGACAAAAAAAUUAG